GGUAUCUAUCUAGUAUGUAAGCAGUCAUCUUGAUUUUGGACAUAUGGUAAUGGCUAGAAAUCAACGUCGAAAAAAAGAGAGAAAUCUAGACAUUCUUGAUAUUCGCCACUUAUAUUCACUACAGUAAGCCACCUAUCCGGCCAAUGAACACACUGGAACAGUUGGAUUUCCAGAGUCUCUAGGUAUCGGACAAGCACAGAGUCCCAUAAUACCUGUACUAUGUAUUCAGAGAUUCUUUCCAUUUAGCUUAGGAAAUUAGUUUGUAAUCGAUGGCAUGGGCUGGAUCGUGUACCGAUACUCUCCUCAUGAUCACGUGUCACUCCGUACUUUGGGCCUUGCGAGGGCUUGCGUUAGGUGACGCAGAGACGGCAGCCCACUUACCUUUCCACAUCCGUCUAAGACCAAGGAAUACAAUGUACGCACGAUGCUGGAAUAUCUGGCAGGAAUUAUUAAGAUGGUUACACUACCCAUCGAUGAACUGUGGCAGAGACUGGCUAGAAUAGGAAUAGAAAGAAGGCUUCUGUCAAGGUCUGACAAAGUCUGAUGAUUGGGGUGGGGCUGGACUGGGC